GCAGUCCGCCUGGGAGCCCUGGGGCGCCAGCACCCCGAGCCCCGCGGACCUCCCCGGAACCCGCCCCCGCGCAGCCCCACGUCGCCCAGGGAGCGCGCCUCGCUGCGCGCGCCUUUGCCCGCGCCCGAGGCGCGUGCCCGCCCCGGUGCAGCCCCUCCUCCCCGCUGUGUUUAUUAGGGGAAGGAGGGCGGAGGCGGAGGCCAGUUCCCCAGCUCCAGCCGCCGUCGCUCCCGCCUGUGUAGUUGCAGCCGCGGCCGCCUCCCGCCAGCUCGCCUCGGGGAAGAGGACGCGCGAGCUCGGGCGUUCCCGUCCCAGCCUUUCCCGGAGCCAUGAACCCCAACUGCGCCCGGUGCGGCAAGAUCGUGUAUCCCACGGAGAAGGUGAACUGUCUGGAUAAGUUCUGGCAUAAAGCAUGCUUCCAUUGCGAGACCUGCAAGAUGACACUGAACAUGAAGAACUACAAGGGCUACGAGAAGAAGCCCUACUGCAACGCACACUACCCCAAGCAGUCCUUCACCAUGGUGGCCGACACCCCGGAAAACCUUCGCCUCAAGCAACAGAGUGAGCUCCAGAGUCAGGUGCGCUACAAGGAGGAGUUUGAGAAGAACAAGGGCAAAGGCUUCAGCGUGGUCGCGGACACGCCUGAGCUCCAGAGAAUCAAGAAGACCCAGGACCAGAUCAGUAACAUAAAAUACCAUGAAGAGUUCGAGAAGAGCCGCAUGGGCCCUAGCGGGGGUGAGGGCAUGGAACCAGAGCGCCGCGACUCCCAGGACAGCAGCAGCUACCGGCGGUCCCUGGAGCAGCAGCAGCCCCACCACGUCCCAACCAGUGCCCCAGUUUACCAGCAGCCCCAACAGCAGCCGAUGGCCCAGUCCUAUGGAGGCUACAAGGAGCCUGCAGCCCCAGUGUCCGUACAGCGCAGCGCUCCAGGCGGUGGCGGGAAGCGGUACCGCGCGGUGUAUGACUACAGCGCUGCCGACGAGGACGAGGUCUCCUUCCAGGACGGGGACACCAUCGUCAACGUGCAGCAGAUCGACGACGGCUGGAUGUACGGGACGGUGGAGCGCACCGGCGACACGGGGAUGCUGCCGGCCAACUACGUGGAGGCCAUCUGAGCCCGCGGCGCCCCCCACCUGUCUUCAGCGCAUUCCACGGCAUCGCAUCCGUCCUGGGCGUGCCCCGUCCAUUCUUCAGUGUCUCUGUUUUUUAAAACCUGCAACAGCUUGUGAUUCCUACCCCUCUUCCAGCUUCUUUUGCCAACUGAAGCCUUCUUCUGCCACUUCUGCGGGCUCCCUCCUCUGGCAGGCUUCCCCCUUGACCGACUUCUUGGUUUUCUCUCUGGAUGGAACGGGCCUGGGCCUCUCUGGGGAGGGCGAGGCCGGGGUGCAGGGCUGGAAUGGGAGACCUGUGGGCCCCUGUGCCUCGCCUGCCCCUCUGUUUUCUCCCUUCACGUCCUCCUGCCCAGCUCCUCACACACCCACACAUUCCAGGGCUGGGGUGAACCUGAGACUCCCAGAACCCCAGGGCAGGGGCUCCCCACGUUCCCCAGAGUGGGAUCUUCGUGUCGGCUCCUGGGAUGGCGACAGGGGCUCCUUUAUUGUGUAGGGACCAGUACGAUGGGCUCUACCUCUCCUUCUCAGAGAGGGGGCUGCUGCCCACCCCGGGUCUCUCCCCACCUUAUCCCUCCUCAGGGGCAGCAACAGGAGAAUGGGGUCCCUGCUGCGGGGCGCGUUCCUCCCCUCCCGGCGCGUUCCUUCGCACACUGUGAUUUUGCCCUCCCGCCCAUGCAGGCCCGUAACGGGCAAAGAGCUCCCCAGGAAGCACAGCUUGGGUCAGGUUCUUGCCUUUCUUAUUUUUAGGGACAGCUACCGGAAGGAGGGGAACAGGGAGUUCUCCCCGCAGCCCCUUUCCCCACCCCCACCCCCAGUCUCCAGGGACCCCUGCCUGCCUCCCAGGCCGGAAGCCGUGGUCCUGAGGUGUGGAGCAAGGGUGACUUUGGGCCAUUUGGUCUUCAGUCUCCCUUAGCCCCCAGGAUCUGGGUUGGGCGGCCGCUCCUGCCUGCUUCUCCUGGGAGGAUGUCUCCGAGCCUUCACCGAGGCAGCAGGGACCACUGUAUCUCCAAGACCUGGUGUGCGGAGGCAGGAGCAUGGGUGUCUGCAGGUGUCUGACAUGCAAGUGUGUGAGCGUGAGCGUGAGCGAUGGGCAGGGGCGUGUCUGGAGAUGUCUCUGGGCCUGUGUGUGGCUGGGGGUCUGUGCAGGAUGAGGAGCCCGCAGCGGGAGGGGAGGGCUCCAAGUUCCUUAGGUUUUCUUUGGAAGGAAGUGCCUCCUUCCCCGUAUCUUGGAGUGGAGGCAGCCCACCAAUCUGCCCUUCGCAGCGUGCAGGGUGGAAGGUGAGGGGUUGGCGUGGAGUUUGCCGCUGGGGCUACCGCCUGCUGGGGCUGAGGUUGGGGGAAGGCUCUGUCACUCCAGGCAUAUUUUUCCCCAUCUCUGUGUCUGGGCUGCGGAAUAGGGUGCCAGAAGGACCUUGUGUCACCCACAGUGUGAGUGUCUCCUUCUGGGGGCUCUUCCCCUACACCCCCCUCACUUACAUAAAGCUUCCUUGAAGCAAGAAAGAGGGUCCCAGGGCUGCAAAACUGGAAGCACAGCCUCCGGGCCGGGGAGGGGAGGGCGGCGCUCUGUCCAGCUCCUGCUCUCUGCUCAGGGGUGGCUGCGACAAUCCCGGCCUCACUCGUUUCAUCUCUGGUUUUCUUGCCACCCCCGGGGAGUCCCCGUUUCAUCUUCACCCUGAGCCUAACCAGGUCCCCCCGCCAUUGGCCUCUUGUCCCUGCACACUUGUACCCACAGGUGAGGGGCAGGACCUGCAGUUUCUGGCCUGUUCAACAGCUAGUCAUCAUGGGUGUUUUUGUCAACUGCUUGUGAAUUGAUCUGGGGAUACCUGCCCCAAAUCAGAGGUUGAGGAGAAGACGGUGGGUGAGGAGGGAGGCCCUGCCUAGCCAGUCCCUUUUCCUUUCUUGGCCCGUCUAGGUGGAGGCAAGUGGAAUAUCUUAUCUUGGGCAGUGUGGGGGCUCGGGGAGGCAGAGAAUCCCUUGGGAGUCUUGGGGGGGCACUGGUGCAUUCUGUUUCUUCUUGAUCUCAAAGCACAAUGUGGAUUUGGAGACCAAAGGCCAGGGACACAUCCCCUUAGAGGACCUGAGUUUGGGAGAGGGGUGAGGGCGGGGGACAAGCAGCAAAAAGCAGCCUGUUGUCACUCGGCUGAAUUCUCCUUCCCAGACAGGGCGAGCCAGUCAUGGAAUCCUGCUGCAGGCCUGCCCUCUACUCUUCCUGUCCUCAAAAUAGGGACCAUCUUCUUACACACCCCCAGAGAGAGGAGGGACCGUCACACUGGUGCUGAGGGACCCAGGGGCUGCUGGGUGCCUGCUUCUUACCAGAACCAUCCAUCCCUAGUAGAGCACAGAGCCCUGAGGGCCGGGCUGGGCUGGGCUGGGCCCCUGGUCUUCUCUACAGUUCACAGAGCUCUUUCCACCCAUCUAAUCCCAGGAGAGAUGCAUCCGAGCCAGAAUGUGAAUAUAACUUUCGUGGACCAAUCAUAAGAAUAACCAGAAGCCCAGUGGUGACAGAGUACUUUCUCCCAGCACGGCCUCCUGUUUCCUCUCUCGUGUCCCUCCAGGGAAACUGGCUUUAUUGCUUGAUUUCCGCCUUUCCUUCUCACACAUGCACCUUUGGGCCGUUUUUUAUAGCUGGAAAAAACAAAAUACCACCCCACAAACCUGUAUGUAAAAAGAAAUGAAACGACCAAGUGAAAUUUGCCUCUGUCCAGACAUUUCAUCCGUGUGUGUGUGUCUGUGUGUGCGUGUGCGAAGCCACCAUUCAUCUUUUUAUAUGGGGUUGUUGUCUCAUUUCGGUCUGUGUUGGUCCCCUCCCUCGUGGGCUUGUGCUCGGGAUCAAACCUUUCUGGCCUGUUAUGAUUCUGAACAUUUGACUUGAACCGCGAGUGAAUCUUUCUCCUGGUGACUAAAAUAAAAGUAUCAUUUUUACCUGCGGA